AUGUCCGGAAUUCAAAACUUGCAAUCUUAUGAUCCUUUUGCCGAUCUUGGCGACUCCGGUGACACCAGCGAUCAACAGACUUAUAUCCAUAUCCGCAUUCAGCAGCGUAACGGACGCAAGACCUUGACGACCAUUCAGGGACUCCCCGCGACAUUCGACCAGAAGCGCAUGCUCAAGAUUUUCAAGAAGGAUUUUGCCUGCAAUGGAACGCUUGUUGACGAUCCCGAGCUCGGAUCGGUCAUUCAGCUCCAGGGCGAUCAGCGCACCAAGGUCUUGACCCUCCUUGUCGAGGAGGGUGGCAUUGACAAGAAGAUGAUCAAGCUCCACGGUUUCUAA